AUGACUUCCAUCACUGAAGAGCAAAAUGGUAUACACCAGAAGAAACCUUUUUAUAGAUCAGUACCAUUCCAAAUUGCUGUAGCGGCCGGAGUAUCCUUCACUGCCCCGGGCAUGUGGGAUGCCUUGGGGGGACUGGGAGCCGGAGGAGCAGCAGAACCAUACGCUGUAUCAGCGGCCAAUGCAAUCCUCCUUAGGGCAAUUGGAUACCCCCUUUACGGAGCAGGAUUAUACACCAAUAACAAAACCGCCACUACAUGGUUUAUGAUCUUUGGAAGUGUCUGUUGUGGGAUCAGUGCAGGUUUCUUCUGGGCAGCCGAAGCCGCAAUCAUCAUUGGGUAUCCAAGUCCCAAGGAAAGAGGGUUUUACCUAGCCUGUUGGCAGACUGCUAAAGCUUCUGGACCGAUCAUUGGAGGAGCCAUCACUUUGGGUUUGAACGCUAAUAGGGAGACUGCCGGAUCUGUCGGCUCAGCAACUUAUAUAGUAUUUAUAGUUUUGAUGUGUCUAGGAUUGCCCAUUGCUCUUCUGUUGAGCCCAGCUAAUAAAGUCUGGCGAAAAGACGGUACUCGAGUCGUUGUUCACAAGCACGCCAGCUGGUGGGCUGAACUCCAAGCUGUCGGACGAUUAGCCAUCUCUAGAAGGAUCGUCUUAUUGGUUCCAGCAUUCUUCAUCAGUUAUUUCUACAACCCAUUCGUCAGCACUUGGUUAACAAGUUACUUUACCGUACGAUCCCGAGCUUUCUCAUCUUUCUUCACUCCUUUCGCCGGUAUCUUCUCUUCUUUCAUCAUUGGUACUUUCUUAGAUAGACAAUCCAUCUUCAUUAGAACCAGAGCGAAAGUUGCCUUUGCUACUAUCGUUACUAUGCUCGUUGGAACUUGGAUCUGGGCUAUAAUUCUCCAAAAGAGAUUUUACGAUAACCCACCUGUAUUCGACUGGUUCAAAGGUGGAUUUGGAUCUGCUUACGCUUUGGUGUUCUUCUGGACAUUUACCGGACAGGCUUUCCAACAAUAUUGUUAUUGGUUAAUUGGUCAAUAUACCACCGACUUAACAUCCCUCUCACAUCACACUGGUAUCCUCCGAGGCCUCGAGGCGUUGGGCCAAACAGUCGCAUGGGCCAUGCAAUCCGAAGCUGGUGUUAACCAUUUCGUCAGUAUUGGUAUCAACUUUGGUAUCCUCCUCAUUGCCAUCGUUCCAACUUGGAUCGUCGUCAGUGCUUUGGAUCAUACGCAUGAAGAGGUAGUAACGGAGGAGAUUGUAGGGUCCGAUAAAGCCGAUGAAGAAGGAUCGGUCGGACCUGAAGGGUUACAAGCUGCUGCUUUGGCGAAAUAG